GCAUCGCACCGUGCGCCCGCGUCUACUUUCUUCCACGAGAUUAUACUAAUUUAACUCAUAUUACUCUAACUUAACUGACAGUUCCGCGUGUGCUAUUAUAUUACAGUGAUUGUGUACGAUUUGUUUGACCUAGUGCAUUUUUGGAUUCUCCUCAACAUCCAGUUGACAAUGAAACUAUAAACUGACUUAUAAAGUGUAUGUGAGACAUAAAUAUGCCGGACACACUGUCCCUGUCUACGGGAGUCAGUCUGGGUUUGCUAGCGGGGAUCGUGUCCGGAGUAUGUUACCUCUUCGCUAACGGCCGCUCACGCCAGAAAGAAGCACGAAAGAAAAGGAACUACAAUUAUAUAGAGGAAUGUAAACCUGUACAGGACGAGAUCUGUUUCCAAUGCGGUGGAGAUAAAUUAGGAGGUCUGGUGCCUUGCAUCUGUCAUUACCACCGGGCAGUGAAGUUUGAGUCCGGCGCUUGGUUUCUUCGUCAGGUGCAGCAAGCUUUGAAUCUGAUGUCGUGGUCAACCAGCUCGGAAAGACUAGAGCAAAUAGAAGAAGAAGAUAGUGACGUGUCCAGUUCUGGAGACAACCGAGACCUCCACAAUGUAAGAGAGUUCCUAGAGGCCAUCUCCACUAAACUAGCUGGAGGGCCACUGGAGGGAACCAGGGUUUCAGCACUCUACGAUCACCCAGCUUAUCUCCCUCAUGGCCAGGCGUCACCGAGCGGGCAGACAAGAGGUGCAACCGGUGCGCACGCGCAGCUCAAGCGAUUGGUAGCCAGGGUCGUAGAGGAGGCAGCAGCUUUGCCCGCCCUCGCGAGGUACGCCGCCGAACCUCAAACGCCGACGGACUCCACCACGUAUGAGGACUUGUUGGCCACCGCCAUUUUGAACAAGGUGAUAGAACGUUACCAGACAGAGAACGGGUCCGGCGGUCGCAGCAGUGGUAUUCACUCUGCCAGCGCCAGUCCGUCUCCCUCAGACAGGUCGUCACCCAGGUCGCUCCACUCCAGAAACACCAGAGAAAUAUCACCCGUGCUUCGUAUAGAGGAAGAUGUUUCGGACUGGGAGGAAGGCGAAACUACUGAUGAUGCAUUGGAAUUACCUCGACGGGUUCCGUUCCCUGAGUUUGGAGGAGACAUAGUUCAUCACACAGAAAACAAUGACCGAGACUUCGACGAGGUAUCUGGUAGCGACAUCCAAGCUGUGGACGGUACUUGGGAAGAAAACUGGCUUUUCCAAAAGAAAAAGAUUAAAACAAUACAGUCAGUUCCAGUUCCAAUGUUGGUACCAAACUCCAAUACAGAAUAUAGAGUACUCAUCGGUGACAGAGACGCUGACGAUACUACAGACCUCUCAGACAAUGGCAGUGAAACUGAAGACCAAGACGCCGAAUACAAAAGUGAUAUCAAAAAGGUUUUAGAUUCCAAACAUGUUAUCGGUGGUAAAGCAAAAGUUCAUGAGAUACUCGACUUUGAACCAGAUAGUCUCAUGUCUGUUAAUGCAGAAAGUGCUGAUGAAUUUGAGAAAAUCUACAAAGAAUACUCCAAAGAUGAAGACCCCGUAGACGCUGUGAAUAAUGAUGCUAUAAUCAAAAAUAUUGUCAAUAAAGAAGUAGAAAGCCAUAAUAUAGAAAAUAAUGGUGAUAAUUCAAUUUUGAUUGUGGAUUUAGAAAGCGGUCCUCUUACCAAAACUGAAUUUAAUUUAAAAGAGGAAAUUCACAGGACAUUAUUUAAUGGACACACUGAUAUAUCAGAUCUGAGCAGUGAGAAAGAUAACGCAAUAGACAGUCUAGACUACGAUCAAAUCGACAGUAAAGAAUCAACAAAUACUUUGAGUCGACAUGAACGUGAGCGUGAAUACGAAGAAACUAUAACUAUUCCUGUACAGAGACAUGUAGAUAGUUUACGAAGAAAGCACUUUGAUGAUACACCUCUAGAGAAAAGCGUUUCAGACAAAGAUAAUGAAGAUGAUUUGAUACCAGGAUCAAUCGCUUACAGAGAACGAAAAAAAUGGCUUAACUACGUCGAUAUGCCAAACAAUCCUUAUUCUCCAGAAGCAAUUAAACAAAGAUUGUCCGCUAAAAGUACGUCAUCGUUAUUUGACUCUUUAACAAGUAAGAAAAAUUUUGAAAAUGAAAAAUUUGUGUCGCAUGAGGAUAUUUCACUAACUAAAGAUACUAAUACAUACUUUGAAAGUGAUAUUAAAUCGUCAAGUCCAAGCUCUGAAUCUUUAAACAGGAAUGGGAAAUCACCAAGUCCCUCUCCAAAAAUUUUAAAAGAUGUAUUAGCAGAAGAAGUGCCUCAGUACAAGCGAUAUGGACGAGACUAUUACAUAAAAGAAGCAAAGCUCUCAUCUGGUGGUCGAGAUAAAGCUUUAAGCGAUGCUAGUUCUUUCACGAGUUCUAUGAAUAAAUCUACAAGCUUAGACAAUUUCGAUACAGAAUUCGCUUCACCUGUAAGUGCUAGCAGUUCGCUGGGUGAUCUUGAAGCCUGUUCUCUUCAUCAGAACAUCGUCCGCGCCGUAUUAAGCCCUCGAAAUGCUAGUCCUCACUUUGCUAUAAAUCCCAUUUUUGAAAAUCCAUUAGAUUCAUCUGGUGAUACUAUGAACAAGUACAAUAUCACACCUAAUGGAUUAUUGAUUAAACAAUUCAACAACAUUGCCACUAACCAAGAAUACACAACAUUUGGUAGCAAGGAACAACCAAAAUCUUUAACAACAGUUUCAGUAGAAAAUAAAAAUGAUAUUUUAAUAGAAUAUGAAGAUAUAAAUGAACAGUCUAUAUUUGUUGCUAAGCCUGUCCAAAUAGACGACGAAACUGACCAUCAUUUUGAAGCAAUAUUAAAAUCAGCUUUCAGUAGAGAUCCCAAUAUACUACCAAUUAAAAGUAACGCCGCCUACGAUUCUGAAAAGUCAACCCCACAAAACAGUAUAGAACAUUCCUUUAGUUCGAGUAGUAUAGAAGACUCUAUCAAAAUUUAUAAUGUACAAACUGGCGAGAUAGUGAAAUGUAAACCUGAAGAUAAGGUAUCGCAACGAUAUGACGAGGCGGCUGACACAAAUGACAAUAUACGUAUAGUUGAUAAGGAGAACCCAAAAGAAAACACUGAUACGUUGAGUGAAAUAGAAUUUGAAGAUGAAAAUGUAAAGGAAAGUGAUCUCAAGGAAAACAUAGUUAGGCAUUUAGAAAAUAUCAAUGAAGUGGAUGAAUUACUACCGCAAUUACCGAAAGUAAAGGACUUAGCCAGGAAAUUUGUGAGCAUGGAUAAUUUGAGUGAGCCAACAAGACCACCGCAUCAGCUAUGGAGGCGACGAAGCAAAGAAAACCUCCUUGACAAAUCGACCACCAAACAAUCUUAUAUGCACAGCCUCACAGCCAGAAGUAUCUCAAAAGAGUUUCGCGAGGAGCUCAAAAUGUCCAUGCCAACCAGUAUCAAAGUCCCCGGUGGAGCUAAGGAAUUACCAGAAGGAAUAGACGAGAUUGUGAAGGAGUCUAGUAGACCUAGCAGCCCUGUUCCAGAACCAGGGACAAUUAAGACUAAAUUAGCCUUUUUUGAAAGUUUAAAAUCUCGAUUUAGCAAAUAGGCAGCUUAUUGGAGAACAAAUUCAAAUUACUGGAAUCUACCUACUGAAUUCAAAACUCCUUUCAACCCUAUUUUAUUUCUAACAUCAAUUAGUAAUUAAAACUACAGUUAAUACCAAAGAAAUGCAAAAUAUAAGAGUCCUUCGUUAUUCAUGAACCUACAUUUUAAAUGCCUAAUUGAUCGCUUUCCUAUGUUUAUAAACGAAGUAAAGAUUUGUCGUGUCAUUUAAAACUACUAGUACCUACUUAUAGAUACAAAUCUUGGUAGGUACUUAACGAUUUAAACCUUAUUUAAACAUAAUAUAACUACAUCUUGUUUAUUAAUAAUAAACCUGUUACGUAGUUAGGUAAGUACAGCUAAUGAGUUUAAAAAUCGACAAUCUGAGAUUGAUAAAAAAAGGAGUGAAGUUUCACAAAGUCGAGCACAGUCUUAUUUUAUAGCUGUAAAGUACUGUAAUAAAUAUUAGAUAUGUAAUAAUAAGAGUUAUAGACAAAGUUGAUAAUUUUCUUUAAUUUUCGUCAUUAUUCAAUUUUACUUAUACGUAUAGGUCUAGGAUAAUGAAUUUGAAAUCAAAUCAAAUCGUUAAAGGUGCUUUCAUAAUGUCACAAUUAUAGUUUAAUAUUAAGUAUAAAAUGUAAAUAAUGUAGUAUAGUGCCAUUUUAUAAUCAUUAUUUAUUAGCCAAAGUUGUUUAUUAAACAUUAUUACAAAUAAUUAUAUAUGGUUGUGUAUCUGUUAUGGUUAAUAUUUGUUUUCGACAUAUUUAGCCUUAAAUUCGUUUGAAAUAAUCUAACAUGUACCUACCUAGAUAGUUCGUAGGUUCUAUAGCUGUAAACACGAACGGAGAAACACAUGUGUAAUAAAUAGAAAAACAUAUAUGCUUUGCCGUUAAAUACGUUUAUCGGUGUCUCAACAUCUAGUCGCUAAAAUAUGCAAGGGCUGUUACUUAUAUACAUGCUGUAAAAUGGAGUGUUACUCCAUUUUACAGCAUGCCGUUUAGAGCACAUUACCACCUGUGCAUAAUAAAAAGUAAAUCCAUGAUAAAUUUCAUUAAAUAGCGAAGUCGUGUUGUGGCACAAGAACACCGAACGCGUGCAAUUAAUUUAUUGUAAGUGACGCCUACGAGUAGUCUGUAGUCUUAAUAUUUUACAUACUACAACCUUAGAUAAUUUAUACGUUUAGAUAGAGCCUGUUGCUGCUAGACAACCGAUGAAAACAAGCCAGGUUUAUUAUUUAUUACAUUAGUGUGCGAUUUGUAUGUAACUUUUUGUUAGUGUACGUGCAUUGCUCAAAAUAGAGGUUAACUGUCAACCUCAAUUUUUUUCGACGAUUCAACAGCUGUCACAAUCUAUCUAGACGUAUUAAUGAUCUAAGACCACGGCUUAACUAAGACGAAAAGACUUUAAUCAUUUUGACAUAUGAUUUCAGCUAUUAUUAUGUACUUACCUUAUUUGUGACUUAAUAAUACCCAGGCUGGUCAUCUCUUAUCAUUGUAUAAACAUAAUUUAAUAUUUUAAUUGUUUUUAUGAAUUUAAGAGAAAUAUCAAAAGUAAAAUGUUCACGUGUGUGACGAACAAGUGGCAUCAUCAAUUUUAACAAAACAACUUUAAAGCCUUUAAAUUUUAAUAUGAUUUUUGUAUGAUUGGAUGAUCAUACUUAUAUCAAAUAUACUUAAAAAAGGUGUCUAAUUUUAUUAAAAGGUUAAGCGGUAAAGGGGAAUUCCUUUAAUGAAGAAAGAAGAGAUAUAUUAUUAAAAUUCACUCCGUCUUAUUAGAUUGAUGAUUACCGUAUUUCUCUCCCAAUUAUUUGAUAAUUAAGGAUAUGAUUAGUCAGUGCAAUAAAAUUGUAAUAGAAAUAUGUGAUAUGGAAAUUAUAUAGGUAAGGUGAAGUUAACUGAUAAUGGGAAAAUAAAAUAUUCAAUUAUAA